UGGGGACACAGUGGGGAUGUGCGGACAUGAUGGGGAUAUGGGGACACGGUGGGGAUUUGGGGACGUGGAGACACCGUGGGGACAUGAUAGGGAUAUGGGGACAUGAUGGGGAUGUGGGGACGUGGGGACACUGUGGGGGUAUGGGGACAGCCUCAGCAUUGUGGGGUUCUCUAGGGCUGGAUGGGGGACAUCUGGGGACAGGGACCCCCAGGGCAGGCGAGAUCCCACUCUCCCCAUCAGGAUAUGGGACCUCCAGGGGAGGGGGACCAGCAGGAUACAGGAAUCCCCCCAGGGGGGAAUACAGAACCUGUGGGAUAUGGGAUCCCAGGAUACAGGAAUCCCAGGAUACGGGACCUCAGCGCAGAGGACCUUUGGGAUUUGGGACCCCUGGGAUAUGGGACCUUUGGGAUUUGGGACCCCUGGGAUAUGGGACCCCUGGGAUAUGGGACCUUUGGGAUUUGGGACCCCUGGGAUAUGGGACCCCUGGGAUAUGGGACCCCUGGGAUAUGGGACCUUUGGGAUUUGGGACCCCUGGGAUAUGGGACCCCACAUGAUUCAGUACCCUCAGAUUUGGGACCCCCCCAGGACAGGCAGCACUGGGGUUUGAUGGAUACAGGAGUUGGGGCUGCUUUCAGACUGCUUUCAGACUGCAUCCUUGCUGCCGUGGGGACACCAAGGAUGGCACCCAGGGGGACAGCGGGGUGCAGUGGCUUUGGGUGGCUUUGGGGUGCGGUGGCUUUGGGUGGCUUUGGGGUGCGGUGGCUUUGGGUGCUCACAGGGGGGUGGACGGGGAUGAGGUGCAGCGAGAGCCGCCACCGGGACACGGCUGCCCCAGGAGCUCCAGUGCCCCACACUUGGGGAUGGGGACACGUCCGUCCCCAGGGCAGCGUCACCCCAGGAUGUGUCUAUGGGGACACGUCCGUCCCCAAGGGUGGUGCCUCUCCUGACCUGGUGACAGGGCCACGUCUGCCCCUGGCACAGGGCCACCAGGACAGCCGUGGUGACGCAGCGCGGCCACCGCAGCCCCUGGGAGCCGUGGGGACCAGGAGAUGGGGACACGCGCGCACACACACGUCCCCACUGUGUGUCCUUGUCCCCACGCCGGGUCUCAUCCUCCCUCUUGCUGUCCCUGUCCCCACCUGGCUGUCCUCCACCCCAGCAGGGUCCCCAGGGAGGGGACAGCACCCAGCGCCACCUCUGCCCCGUGCUGUCCCCAGGAUCAGAUCCACCCUGCGAGCAGGGACAGCCAGGGCCAGGAUGGUGACAUUUGGUGGCUGUGGAUUGAAGGGAGGAGUGGGGAUGGGGAAACUGAGGCAGGGGACGAGGUGGGCGCUGGGUGUGGGACAGGCACUGAGGUCGGGGCUGGGGACAGCGGCCGCCAUGGCUCCGUGCCCACGCUGA